GUUUACCUUCGCUGCCCCGCCCUCAUUACACUCACUAGUGAUAAGAUCGAGUACCGGUAGAGUCGUAAGUUACAGUGACCAACAGCCAAACCUCUCGAGCGCCUGUGGUGAUAACACACUACUGGUGUUGUAAUUUGUGACACGUCUUGAUGCUGAUGCAACUAGCGUGCUGUUGAGUCGAUAGUGUAGAGGUCGAAGGUCACGCGGUGUGAGUGGAUAAACUGCUUGUGAGAACUCACAGAGACACAGGCUAACUCACACAACUAAGGAGGAAAGAAGCAGUUCCAAGUUGAGCAGAGAUAAACGCGUGCUGAGAAAGAAUUCCCCCGAGUUCCCCACAACAGACAACACCAACAGCCAUGAACAUCGAAGAGUUGCGUCAGACAUGCGAGGCGGCCGGCCAGAGCCACUUGCUACAGUUCUGGGAUCAGCUGGACACACAACAGCAGACGUCCCUGGCCGCCGAGAUCUCCCACCUUGACCUGCAGGAAGCAGUGGGUUACUUCAAAGAAGCUGAAAUCUCCAUGAAAGAAGACACAGAGAAGAUUGACGACCACCUGGAGCCACUAGAGUCAUCUGUGUGUGGGAGUGUGGCACGCAGCAGUGACGAACUGUUGGAGAAGUACAGACAACAAGGUCUGACGUCGGUCGGCAACUCGGAGGUGGCCGUGCUGCUGCUGGCCGGGGGUCAGGGCACGCGUCUGGGGGUCCCCUACCCUAAGGGCAUGUACGACGUGGGCCUCCCCUCUGGCCGCACGCUGUACCAACUGCAGGCGGAGCGCAUCGUCAAGCUGCAGCAGCUGGGGGAGAAGGUGACGGGCAAGAGCUGCGUCGUGCCCUGGUACAUCAUGACCAGUGAACACACCAAAGGGGCCACGGAGAAUUUCUUCAUCAAGAACGAUUACUUCGGUCUUCAGAAGGAGAACAUCAUCUUGUUUGAGCAGAGUUUGCUCCCCUGCUUUGACUUUGAAGGGAAAAUCAUCCUCGAGUCACCGUCCAAGCUGGCGCUAGCUCCAGCUGGCAAUGGAGGACUCUACAGCGCCCUCCGUAACUCCAAAAUUAUUGACGACCUUGAAAAACGUGGGGUCAAGAAUAUACACAUCUACUGCGUCGACAAUAUCCUAGUCAAGAUGGCCGACCCAGUAUUUAUAGGAUUCUGUUUGAGCAAGAAUGUUGAGUGCGGAGCAAAGGCUGUAGAGAAGACGAUGCCCAAGGAAGCUGUUGGGGUGGUAUGCAAAGUGCACGGCAAGUACCAGGUGGUAGAAUACAGCGAGAUCACUCUAAAAACGGCCGAGAAGCGAACCCACGACGGCAGACUGGUGUUCAAUGCCGGCAACAUCUGCAACCACUUCCUCACCACAGACUUCCUCAAACGAGUGUGCCUGAACUUUGGCGUCUGGGAGGUGCUGAGGGAGGAAGAGUUCUCCCCCUUGAAGAACGCAGACGGAUCGGCCAACAGCACGCCCACCACAUGCAGACACGCUCUGAUGAGUCAGCACCACCGCUUUGUCCUGGCGGCCGGCGGGACGUUCAUCCACAAGGACGGAACGCCGUACACAGACAUACAGAGAAACAAUAACAAUGAAGAGAGUCACGCCAAUGGCCAACAGAGCCAGGAUGAGGAGGACACCAUCCAGUGUGAGAUUUCCCCACUCGUCUCCUACUCCGGCGAAGAUCUGGAGGAUGUAGUGAAGGGCAAAAGCUUCCAGCCACCCGUGAGGUUCGAACUUGGACCCAACGGAGUUGCGGUCACUCAAGGGAGCAGCCAAUGACCACAAUCUGACAGCAUUUCUGUAACAUACCUUCGUCAUCUGUAGUGUUGUAAAUUAUAUUGACAAAAAUAUUAUAUUUAUAUAUAUAUAUAUACAUAUAUAUAUAUAUUUGCACUGUUUUUAUUGUGAUUAAGAUCCCGGCAAGGGACGAACUUACAUAUAUUUAUUUGUGUUGGGGGUUUAUGAUUUUGUUUCGGUUACACUGUUCUUUCCACAUUCUGCUGAUUUUUUCAUUUGCCCUCGAGAAAAACGGUUGUUUGUAGUUUCUAAUAAUUUUUAGGGCAUUUAAGUUUGACUCAGGGUUCCAUGUGUGAAAUGAAAUCUCUCCAGAAAUUUGUAUCCUUUUUAUUCCAAAAUUCAAUGAAUUCCAUUCCGUUUAUUGGUCUAGUCGGAGGUAAUAACCAUUGAUUUCAAGAUCUCCUGUAGAGUUGAACGGAAACAAAGAAAAGGGGAUAUGCUACAUCUUUGGUCACUUAAAAAACAUGUGUCAAUAAAUGUAACUGGGAAUAAAAAACGAAGUAAGUUAUUAAUUUAUCGUUUUGAAAAGAAUAUAUCGUUGAACAUAAAUGAAUAAGUACAUGAUUGAAACAGUAGUACAGGAGGUUGAUAAAUAAAUAAAUAGAUGUAUAAGUAUUAAACAAAAAGUAAUAAAAAGUAUUGAUUAAUUAUUAUGGCACACACGCCAUUCUUCCAGUUACGUCAUUUCAACUUUCGUUUUU